GAUCCCGCCCCGCAGCCUGACGCCGGGGAAAGUCUGCCAGGCGGCCUCGAGCCCGGGGAACGGGAGCAGGCCCCUCGGGGCACCCGAAAGGCGACCCACGGGGACCAAGUGGAAAGCGGAGCAGGCGGUUUUCCAGAACCAUGAUUGCUUGAUCUCACGACCCAGUGAAGACUUCUCUCCUGAUAAUGUCAAGUUCAGGCUACCCUCCGAACCAGGGAGCCUUCAGCACUGACCAGAGUCGCUAUCCUGCCCACUCUGCCCAGUAUACCUUUCCCACUACUCGUCACCAGCAGGAGUUCGCAGUCCCUGAAUAUCGACCUUCUCAUCUUGAAGUCAGUCAGGCAUCACAACUCUUGCAACAGCAGCAGCAGCAACAGCAGCAGCAGCUGCGGAGACGACCUUCCUUGCUUUCAGAAUUUCACCCAGGCUCCGACAGGCCUCAGGAAAGGAGAACUGGAUAUGAGCAAUUUCAUCCCGGUCCUUCCCAGGUGGACCAUGAUUCCCUGGAAGCUAAGCGCCCUCGGCUGGACCAGGCGUCUGACACCCAUUUUCAGCGGGUCAGUGCGGCUGUCUUGCCUUUAGUACACACCCUGCCAGAGGGGCUGCGGGCAUCCACGGAGGUGAAAAAGGAGCCAGCUUUCGGAAGCAAACAUGAAGCCCCAUCUUCUCCUAUUUCCGGCCAGCCCUGUGGAGAUGACCAGAAUGCUUCUCCUUCCAAACUUUCCAAGGAAGAGUUAAUACAGAGCAUGGACCGGGUGGAUCGAGAAAUUGCAAAGGUAGAGCAGCAGAUUCUCAAACUGAAAAAGAAACAGCAACAACUUGAAGAAGAAGCUGCUAAGCCUCCAGAGCCAGAGAAGCCUGUGUCCCCUCCUCCCGUGGAGCAGAAACACCGCAGUAUUGUCCAAAUCAUUUAUGAUGAAAACCGGAAAAAAGCAGAAGAAGCUCAUAAAAUUUUUGAAGGUCUUGGCCCAAAAGUUGAACUGCCACUCUACAACCAGCCGUCCGACACCAAGGUGUACCAUGAAAACAUCAAGACUGGAGCACCUGCAAGGCGCAUGAUGAAAAACCAGGUGAUGAGGAAAAAACUCAUCUUAUUUUUUAAAAGAAGAAAUCAUGCAAGAAAGCAAAGGGAACAAAAAAUCUGUCAGCGUUAUGAUCAGCUCAUGGAGGCAUGGGAGAAAAAAGUGGACAGAAUUGAAAAUAAUCCCCGGAGGAAAGCUAAGGAGAGUAAAACCAGAGAAUACUAUGAAAAGCAAUUUCCAGAAAUUCGGAAACAAAGGGAACAACAAGAAAGAUUUCAGAGGGUUGGGCAGAGAGGAGCUGGUCUUUCCGCCACCAUUGCUCGAAGUGAGCAUGAGAUUUCUGAAAUCAUUGACGGCCUCUCUGAGCAGGAGAACAAUGAAAAACAAAUGCGUCAGCUUUCUGUCAUUCCACCCAUGAUGUUUGAUGCUGAACAAAGAAGGGUGAAGUUUAUCAACAUGAAUGGUCUCAUGGAGGAUCCUAUGAAGGUUUAUAAAGACAGACAGUUCAUGAAUGUUUGGACCGACCACGAAAAGGAGAUCUUUAAGGAAAAGUUUGUCCAGCAUCCAAAGAACUUUGGCCUUAUUGCUUCCUACUUGGAAAGAAAGAGUGUUCCAGACUGUGUUUUAUAUUAUUAUUUGACCAAGAAAAAUGAGAAUUAUAAAGCCCUAGUAAGAAGGAAUUACGGCAAACGCAGAGGAAGAAACCAGGUACGUGUCAUCGCUGCUCCAGAAGAGAAGCAACAAAUUGCCCGGCCUUCACAAGAAGAAAAAGUAGAAGAAAAAGUUGAGGAAGAUAAAACUGAAAAGACAGAAAAAAAAGAAGAAGAAAAGAAAGAUGAAGAUGAAAAAGAUGAGAAAGAGGAAUCUAAAGAAAACACCAAAGAGAAGGACAAGACAGAAGGUACUUCAGAAGAAACAGAAGAAAGGGAGCAAGCCACACCUCGGGGUCGAAAAACAGCCAACAGUCAAGGUCGCCGUAAGGGUCGCAUCACCCGGUCCAUGACCAAUGAGGCUGCACAGGCAAGUGCGGCUGCAGCUGCUGCUACUGAAGAGCCACCAGCUCCACUGCCACCGCCGCCCGAACCUGCUUCUGCCGAACCUGUGGAGACUUCACGUUGGACAGAAGAAGAAAUGGAAGUUGCUAAAAAAGGCUUAGUUGAACAUGGUCGGAACUGGGCAGCAAUCGCCAAGAUGGUGGGGACUAAAAGCGAAGCCCAGUGUAAAAACUUUUACUUCAACUACAAAAGACGCCAUAAUCUGGACAACCUCCUGCAGCAGCACAAGCAGAAGUCUUCUCGAAGGCCCCGUGAGGAGCGAGACGUAUCCCAGUGUGAAAGCAUCGCUUCUACUGUUUCUGCUCAGGAGGAUGAAGAUAUGGAAGCUUCCAAUGAAGAAGAAAAUCCAGAAGACAGCGAAGGUGCUGAAAAUAGCUCUGAUACAGAGAGUGCGCCUUCUCCCUCUCCAGAUGAAGGUGCCAAGCCAGGUGAGGACCCAGCUGAAAAUGCCCCUUCUGGCUCAGCUAGCGAGGCCCCGAUAGAACUGGAAUCCACUACAGGUGGUUCUCGUGCAUCACCUGCACCCAUCAUUCCAAGUGCAAAGCCAGUCACUGGACAGGAAGACGUGGAAGCUCAGGUAAAAGAGGAAGUCAAUGAAAACCGUGAGGUGCCCAUGGAAAUUGACAAAGAAAGCCCCUCUGCUGAAGCUCAGCCACUUUGCGGCCUCCCUGGGCAAACCAAAGCAGAACCUGGUGACACAGAGAUGAAGCUGCCAGAAACUGUUCAGGUGAAAGCAGAGGGUGAUGCUAAAGAAAAGGACCCGGAAAGACCCAAGGAAAAGACUGAGCCCGAGGACGUCAACUUUGCCACAGCCCAGACUCCCACUGCCCUGAGGCCCGAGUCUCAAUCUGACAAUGAUUCCAGUGCUACCUGUAGUGCAGAUGAAGAUGUAGAUGGAGAACCUCCUGAGAGGCAGAGGAUGUUCCCUAUGGAUUCAAAGCCUUCACUAUUAAACCCGACUGGAUCUGUGUUAGUCCCUUCUCCCAUAAAACCAACUGCAAUGGACCUACAACAGCUUCAUCAUCGAGCUGCUGUUAUACCACCAAUGGUCUCCUGUGCCCCCUGUAAUGUACCCGUCGGCGCCCCUGUGAGCGGCUAUGCUCUUUUUCAGAGACACAUUAAGGCCAUGCAUGAGUCAGCCCUCCUGGAGGAGCGGCAGAGGCAAGAACAGCUUGAUCCAGAGUGUCGACGGUCUGGGAGUCCAAAUGUCGAAUGGGAAGGAAAAUCAGUCGCCUUUCUGCCUCAUGCUGAGGUCAAACGUGCAAUAGAACAGGAAGCACAGAUGCAAAACCCUGCAGCAAGGUCAGCCUCGCCGCAUAGGCUCUCUCCAAGAGAAGUCAGUAAAGCAUCUCCACAGCCUGAUAGGAGUGCCGCUCGCUAUAGUGUCCCGCCAGUCCUCCAGCCUGCUCCACAUCAAGUGAUAACGAGCCUCCCUGACACUGCUCGACUUCCGACGACUCGACCCACCAGGCCGCCUCCUCCGCUUAUCCCUUCUUCUAAAACCACCGUGGCCACUGAAAAGCCAUCAUUCAUUAUGGGAGGCUCCAUCUCACAGGGAACUCCUGGCACCUAUUUAACCUCUCAUUGCCAACCUUCCUACACACCAGAACCAGCAAAGCCUUCAGUUGGGUCUAUAUCACUUGGAUUGCCACGGCAACAGGAACCCACCAAGCCUGCCGCCUCCAUGCCCUACAUCAAGCAGGAGGAAUUCUCGCCCCGAGGUCAGACCUCCCAGCCCGAGGGCUUAUUGGUCAGGGCCCAGCAUGAAGGUGUUGUCAGAGGUGCCACGGCAGCCAUCCAAGAAGGAAGUAUCACUCGAGGAACCCCAGCUAGCAAAGUUCCUGUUGAAAGUAUCCCUUCUCUUCGGGGCUCUAUCACUCAGGGUACUCCGGCUCUGUCCCAGACUGCCAUGCAAGCAGAAGCAGUGGGGAAGGGAGCAAUCUCUAGGCUCCCUAUGGAAGACGGCAGCCCGGAGAAGAGCCGCGAGGAAGCAGUGUCCAAAGGCCAUGUGAUCUAUGAAGGCAAGAGCGGCCACAUCUUGUCAUACGAGAAUAUCAAGAAUGCCCGUGAAGGAACUAGGAGUCCAAGAGCGGCUCAUGAAAUCAGCUUAAAGAGAAGCUAUGAUUCCAUGGAGGGAAACAUCAAACAAGGGAUGUCAGUGAGAGAGUCUCCUGUGUCAGCCCCCCUGGAAGGGUUGAUAUGCCGCGCAAUGCCCAGGGGGAGCCCCCAUUCUGAUCUUAAAGAGAGAACAGUGCUGUCUGGUUCUAUAAUGCAAGGCACCCCAAGAGCCACGACUGAAAGCUUUGAAGAAGGACUUAAAUAUCCCAAACAGAUUAAAAGAGAGAGUCCUCCCAUCCGCACAUUUGAAGGAGCUAUUACAAAAGGAAAACCAUACGAUGGUGUCACCACCAUCAAGGAAAUGGGACGGUCAAUUCAUGAAAUUCCAAGGCAAGAUCUUUUAAGUCAGGAAAGCCGAAAAACUCCAGAAGUAAUCCAGAGUACAAGGCCCAUAAUCGAAGGUUCCAUUUCUCAGGGCACACCCAUAAAGUACGAAAGCAGCUCCAGUCAAUCUGCCAUUAAACAUAAUGUCAAGUCCCUAAUCACGGGCCCUAGCAAGCUCCCUCGUGGACUGCCUCAGUUGGAAAUGGUUCCAGAGAACAUCAAGGUUGUCGAACGAGGAAAAUAUGAAGAUGUAAAAGCAGGAGAACCUAUCCGUUCCCGACAUACAUCAGUCGUUAGCUCUGGUCCCUCUGUUCUAAGGUCAACCCUUCAUGAACCUCCCAAAGCACAACUGAGUCCUGGGAUUUAUGAUGACACCAGUGCAAGGAGAACACCUGGGAAUUAUCAGAGCACAGUGUCCAGAGGGUCCCCCAUGAUGAACAGAACUUCUGAUGCUGCCGUUUCUUCUGGGAAGUCUACAAAUCAUGAAAGGAAAUCUACACUUACUCCUACCCAAAGAGAAAGUGUACCUUUGCCAUCUAAGUCUCCAGUCCCAGGGGUGGACCCCGUGGUCACCCACAGCCCCUUUGAUCCCCACCACAGAGGCGGUGCACCGGGCGAGGUCUAUCGAAGCCAUCUUCCUGCACACCUGGAUCCUGCGAUGCCAUUUCACAGGGCGCUGGACCCUGCGGCCGCUGCAUACCUAUUCCAGAGACAGCUUUCCCCAACACCAGGCUACCCAAGCCAGUAUCAGCUUUAUGCGAUGGAAAACACGAGGCAGACAAUUUUAAAUGAUUAUAUUACCUCACAACAGAUGCAAGUUAACUUGCGCCCAGAUGUAGCCAGAGGACUCUCCCCCAGAGAGCAACAAUUAGGUCUCCCAUAUCCUGCAACCAGAGGAAUCAUUGAUUUGACCAAUAUGCCUCCCACCAUCUUGGUACCUCAUCCUGGGGGUACAAGCACUCCCCCAAUGGAGAGAAUCACUUACAUACCAGGUACCCAGCUGACCUUCCCUCCUAGACCUUACAACCCUGCUUCAAUGUCUCCAGGCCACCCUUCACACCUGGCUGCAUCUGCUGCUGCCAGUGUCGAGAGGGAACGUGAGCGGGAAAGGGAGAGAGAGAAGGAGCGGGAGAGGGAGCGGGAGAGGGAGCGGGAGAGGGAGCGCGAAAGAGAGCGAAUAGCUGCUGUCUCUUCUGAACUAUACCUUCGUCCAGGUUCUGAGCAGCCUGGGCGGCCUGGCAGCCACGGCUACGUUCGUUCCCCUUCCCCCUCAGUGAGGGCACAAGAGAAUCUUCUGCAGCAAAGAUCCACUAUAUUCCAGGCACCCAAUGGAACCAGUGUCAUCACCCCCUUGGACCCUGCUGCGCAGCUGCGCAUCAUGCAGCUGCCCCCUGGCGGGCCUUCCUUAACUCCAGGCUUACCUGCCUCCCGCUACAACACCGCUGCUGACGCCUUGGCCGCUCUGGUUGAUGCUGCUGCCUCUGCUCCUCAGAUGGAAGUGACCAAAGCAAAGGAGAGUAAGCAUGAAGCGUCCCGGCUAGAGGAGAACUUGAGAGGCAGGUCAGCCAUGGCUAGUGAGCAGCAGCAGCUGGAGCAGAAAACCCUGGAGGUGGACAAGAGGUCCAUCCAGUGCCCGUACACCUCCUCGGCUUUUCCAAGCGGCAAGCCCCAGAGCCAGUCGUCUUCAAUUGUCUAUUCGGAGGCUGGGAAGGAGAAAGCCCCUCCUCCCAAAUCCCGAUAUGAGGAGGAGCUAAGGACGCUAGGGAAGACCACGAUCACCGCCGCCAACUUCAUCGAUGUCAUCAUCACCAGGCAGAUUGCCUCGGACAAGGAUGCACGGGAGCGGGGCUCCCAGAGCUCUGAUUCGUCGGGUAGUUUGUCAUCUCAUCGAUAUGAACCACCCGGAGAUGCUAUUGAGGUGAUAAGCCCUGCCAGCUCGCCAGCACCACCCCAAGAAAAAAUCCAGGCCUACCCACAGGAGGCUGCAAAGACAAGCCCUGCAGAAGGUGAUCCCAGCAGACAGUAUGACGGAUCGCUGCCUCGAUUUCGGACCCAACAAGAGUCUCCAUCGCCGCAGCAGCAGCAGCUGCCGCCAGCACCACCUUCUUCCCAAGCAGAGGGAAUGGGACAGGUUCCCCGGACCCAUCGUCUCAUCACGCUUGCCGACCAUAUCUGUCAAAUUAUUACACAAGAUUUUGCUAGAAACCAAGUUGCCUCGCAGGCUUCCCAGCAGCCUCCUACUUCUACAUUCCAGAAUUCAGCAUCUCCUUUAGUAUCUACUCCUGGGAGGGCAAAAACAUCGAGCCGUUACAGUCCAGAAUCCCAGCCUCAAGCAGUCCUUCAUCCACGGCCUGGCUCCAGGGUGUCUCCUGAAAAUGUUUCUGAUAAAUCCAGGGCAAGGCCUGGAAAAUCUCCAGAAAGAAGUCAUGUCUCGUCAGAACCCUACGAGCCAAUCUCCCCACCUCAAGUUCCAGUCGCUCAUGAGAAGCAGGACAACAUGCUGCUUCUGUCUCAGAACGCAGUGCCUGCGGAACAGAGGAAUGAUUCCCGCUCGCCAGGAAGCAUAAGCUACCUGCCUUCCUUCUUCACCAAGCUGGAAAACACUUCACCCAUGGUGAAAUCAAAGAAGCAGGAAAUUUUUCGUAAGUUGAACUCCUCUGGUGGAGGUGACUCUGACAUGGCAGCUGCUCAGCCAGGAACUGAAAUUUUUAAUCUGCCAGCAGUCACUACCUCAGGCUCAGUCAGUUCUAGAGGUCAUUCUUUUGCGGAUCCUGCCAGUAAUCUGGGUCUAGAAGACAUUAUAAGGAAGGCUCUCAUGGGAAACUUUGAUGACAAAGGAGAAGAUCAUGGAGUUGUCUUGCCACAGCCUCUGGGAGUAGUACCAGCUGGUUCAAACCCAGCCAUGUUGGGCAACAGUGACACACGCAGAGAGGAGACAAACCCAUCGCCUAAUUCUGGUGGGGGAGUUGGCAAAGCGAAGUUGAUUGGCAAGUCAAACAGCAGGAAGUCUAAAUCACCUAUUCCUGGGCAAGGCUACUUGGGAGCCGAAAGACCUUCUUCCGUCUCAUCUGUCCAUUCCGAAGGAGAUUACCACAGGCAGACGCCUGUGUGGGCCUGGGAGGACAGGCCCUCGUCAACAGGGAGGAGGAUCGUGGAAGAUUAUGAGCAGUAUCGCCUCAUAAGACAGUGAGGAGGUGUGGAGAGAGAGGCAAGAUUAAGAAAAGUGCGGAGAAAGGCCUGGCUGAGCUGAGUCAUCCUGAAGACAUGGAAUGAUGGGAUUGGGAGGAGAACAGACAGAAGUGGAAGCUAUUUGUAAAGACUUUUAUCACAGACUCUUUACAUCAUAAAGGCCAAUGAGGCCACCACCUUUGGACUAGCAUCCUAGUGUCUGAUGUGUACUGCAUGAGGAAGCAGGAAUGCCACUCAAAGAACACAAAACUGGACCAAAGAAGGGUACACAGAGGAGGUCCGUGCUGGAGGCACCCCAAUCCACAGGUAUAUGUAAGAGAGAAGGGAUCCCAAAGGCACAGAAAGGAUGCAGACUUGGUGACCGUAGCCCUACUUUGCUGUCUGUGCAAUGUUUGUGAUGAUGUGUGCGUACAUUGAGGGCACCUUUAAAGGUAUGAGAGGUACCGGGCUGGCUUCCACAAAUGGUGGAAUACCUAGCCUCAGUCACACAAUGGAUUGAAAGGGGCAGAGUGUACAGCAUCCUCCCAUGCUUGCUGUUUGUUGGCUACUUAAAAAGCCACAUGAUUGAGUAGAGGCAAAAUAUCGCCCUCCUCCAGCAAAUCGGUUCCCCCAUAGGUGUCAGGCAUGCAGGAUUCCUUGAAAGAUAGAACAGAAAAGUAUGAUCUGAUAACAUCAAGCAAAGAAAAUAAACAGAGAGCAAAGGGACUGAGGUAAGUCCAGGGCAGACCCUAAUCAAUCAGCAGGCAUUUCUUAAGUGAUGACUAUUUCCCAGGCACUGUGCUCAGGUGCUGGGAAUCUGACCACUUAGUGAACCUAGAUUCCCCUGAAGGGAAACUGCCCCUGUACAGGUGAGUAAAACACUCACGGUGGGUUGUGGGCAGCACUCGGGCUGUCCCUAGAGAGGUCAGUGAGCAGAGCCCUGGAGUCUGGAGCCCAGGUGAGCACUGGGAGGCCGUGUCUGGAGAAGAGCCUGGGGGGGAGUGAAGCGUAAGCAGACCAGUGCCAGAGCGCAGGCUCUCAAAGCCCAGUGGUGAAGGCUGUAUUUUGUCCUUCAGGCACCAGCUGGCCACUGGAGCAGAGGAGCUGCCUGGUGAGACUUAGAGGUCAGGUUCACAUACAUCUUUUUGUGGAUGGCUUCGUGCUGAUGUCAAAAGCCCCAAAGUCCUGCAGACCAUCUUAGUGGAGAUCAGAAUCACUCACAAGAAUUCAGCCUGAUUCUUCCUACAGGGAGCCUAGCGGGUGAAGUGUGCCUUCGGUGUGCUAGAUAGCAGGCAGUUGACUAGGGCCUCCAUAGAGCUGGCUCAUCACUGCCGCUGUCCUGGACAGAUAAUGUAUAUGACAAUGAGUCGGGCCCAGGAUAGAACCGAGGGAGAGAGGGGGCUCACUUGACUGAAGAAAAUUGUAUAGUGCUUUUGUUGACCUUGACUUCUUCCUGAAAUAAAGGCCCAUGUUCUGGCCCCAGUAUUCCAGUAAUGCAUGGCUUCGAGUCCUAAUCACACUCUACAAAGGGCAGCAUUGAGACUCACGGACAAAUGAAGAAUUGCACUUCAGUGUGACCAGAAGGCUUGGUCACCUAGGGAAAGCCAGAGAUAACCAGGGCAUGGCCACCCUGUUCCAUUGCCGUCCAUGUAGUCUCAAGAGAGAAGUCUCUUAACACAUGUUGGGUGGGACCACUGGGACAGAUGUACAGGAACACAGGGAUGAAAAUCCCACAGCAUGUACAUGGAUGUGUUAGCACCUGCACCUCCUGAAAGAGAUGGUCAGUCCAUAUGCAUUUAGUGAAAGUUAUAAGCUGAAAUCAAAGGAUCAGAAUGGAACAGGUAUAGAGAGGUUAUCUCUUUCAGCCCAAAGCCUCCAAGAAGGUCAGUUUUUUGUUUUUGUUUUUUAAAUUAUAUUUCAUCAAUUUCCAUUCCUGUUCCCUCACCCUGAAAUCCAACCCUUGUAACAGAAUAGUUGAGGAACACUUCAGCAAAAUUAAUCACCAUAUUAAUGCAGUGUUCCCCCUCUAUAGUCCCACAUCUCGGCAAAGAAAGCAGCUUUAUUCUCAUACCCUUUUUCAGGGUCAAAUUUAGUCAUAAUUGAAGAACGUUCGACUUAAAUUUUUUUUCUGUUUCUAUUGUCUGUGGUCUUUUUAUAUAUGAUUUUCCUGGUUCUACCUAGUUCUUAAAUAACUCAACAAAGUACCAUUUCAGCUUUAUGACAGACUUCAUGUUCUUGUGUAUGGUAGGUUUAGAAGAAUUGUGCUGGACCUCCUGGCUUACGUUUUAGCGGCAAUACAAACUUGAGUUAUUGUAAGGAAGUUUUAGCAUUUACCUGGUCUCUCUAGUGGGAAAUACAGACAUCCAAUGGGAAAGAAGAAACCGAACAUCCUCCGCUGCCCACAUGUGAUUCAUGAAUUCUGUAACUGGCCUAUCAUGGUGACUUCUCAUAGGGAGCACAGAAGGGGAAGAACCUUGUCUUGAAGAGCUGGGUUUUAAAUCACUGUGGGAUUUUUCUUGUUCUUUUUGGGGGGUCCUCACCACCUCACCAGGUUGUGGGGAAGAAAGUGCUUUGCAAAACUCAAAGCGCUAGCCAAGAGUGUUCUCUCAUUCGUUAUUCCAGAAUUCUAUAAUCGGCUAAAAAGCUCGGCAGCGACAGGCUGGAGAGAAACUGAUCUGGUAAAAUCUAGGGCAGAGCAGGGAUCGCCUCCAACUUCUCAAGCAGUGGAGAUGUCUUGUGUUCUUUGGUGAAGAGGGAUCACUGAUGGUGUAUGGAGCUCAGGGGGCUCCCCGUGGCCUGCUCCUUCACCAGCCCGUAGCCUGUUCUUCCUUACCACCCUGACCCUUAGGCCCCUUCCCUCGAGUUCAGAGUCUCCUAAGCAUGAUUCUUCUGGGAGCGACAUGCUGUAAAGCCAUUCUUCUGUUUUCUUUUUUUUCCAUACUCAAUAAAAGAUUUAAAUAUUUUGA